CCAGGUCCGAGAGCGACGUCUGUGCGGAGGAGGACCGAGCCGGACUUUCUCUCCUCCCUGCGGCUUCCUGUUGGAUACAAGGCGGAGAAAGAGGGACGGAGAAGGAGGGGAGGGAGAGACAAAAGAGUCCGGCUUGACGCGGUUCUGCACAGUCGCAUCUCUCACACUGAAGCUGACUCGGUUCUUUUGAGCGAAGGUCCUCCUGCUUCUUCAGGACAGAACCACCGGAGGAUGGGAGCCAUGGUGAUGCUUCUCCUGCUCGUCUUGCAUCUUUCUUACUCUCCAGUGUCCAUGCAGUCGCCUGGCCUGGAUUACUGGGAGCCAUGGGGCCCUUAUGGAGAAUGCAGUCGCAGCUGUGGUGGUGGCAUCACAAUGAGAACCAGACGCUGCGUCUCUCACAGGACUGAUGGUGGACACAACUGUGUGGGACCAGAUAAGUCCUACCGCACCUGCAACUCUCAGGACUGUCCAGCAGGAGCCAAAGACUUCCGGGAGCAGCAGUGCGCCCAGUUCGACGGGACAGACUUCCAGGGCAAACGCUACAAGUGGCUUCCUUAUUAUGGAGCGGAGAAUCCGUGUGAGCUGAACUGUAUACCCAGAGGGGAGAACUUUUUCUAUCGCCACCGCAGCGCUGUGGCUGACGGGACGCCGUGUCACCCGGGACGGAGGGAUGUUUGUGUGGCUGGAGUCUGCAAGCGGCUCGGCUGUGACGACACGCUGGAGUCCUCUCAGAAGGAAGACCCCUGCCUGAAGUGUGGUGGCGACGGACAGUCCUGCUCACGCGUGAAGAAAACCUUCUCUGUCCGUGACAUGCCGACUGGCUACAACCGUAUGUUCAUCAUCCCCGUGGGAGCCACGACUAUCAGCAUCAGAGAGACCGUGGCCACGCGAAACUACCUGGCCGUCAAGAACCUGCGCGGCGAGUACUACCUCAAUGGCCACUGGGUGAUUGAGUUCUCAAGGUCAACUCCAAUCGCUGGCACUGUGCUGUACUACCAGCGUGGGGCUGAAGGUGAGAACAUCCCUGAAACAAUCAUCGGCCGGGGACCCACCACUGAGCCACUCGUGAUCGAGCUGAUCAGCCAGGAACCAAACCAGGGAGUUGAGGUGGAGUAUUACCUCCCCAAUGGGCGCUCCAGGGAGGGCUACUACUGGAGCUAUGGCUCAUGGUCUGCCUGCAGCCGUGACUGUGGAUCAGGCUCCCAGACUCGGCUCAUCUUCUGCACCAUUGAUACCGAAGCCUACCCCGACUACCUCUGCGCUUCACUGCCACGUCCUGAGAGCAACAGGACAUGCAAUCCUCACCCCUGCCCUCAGAUCCGCAGGAUGGUGUACCUGUAUCCACCUCAGCAGUGGAGACCCUCAGAAAGACCCAAUGCAUUGAUAUUCAGCUGGAGAACAGGUGAGUGGAACCCUUGUUCGGUCACCUGUGGCGGGGGAUCUCAGGUGCGAAGCGUGCAGUGCGUUUCCCACGAUGUUUCGGGGCCUCGCGUGGUUGAAGACUCUGUUUGUGCGGCCUAUGCUGAAGCCCCGCCUUCUCUGCAGACGUGCAACAUGCACAAAUGCACAGAGUAUCGUGUGACCUCCUGGAGCCAGUGCUCUGCGACCUGCGGAGCGGGACAGCAGACCCGAGAGGUCACCUGUGUGGGCUCUGGAGGAAUGAGAUUGGAUGAAAUGUCUUGCAGCGCUUUACUCCGUCCGCCUGUCGUCCAGCCCUGCGAGGUGUCCGCCUGCCCCAAGCGGAUCAGCUGGCACGUUGGGGACUGGGGUCUGUGCUCCAGGAGCUGUGGCUCCGGCCUGCGAGAGCGUCAGGUGAUCUGCGCGGACCAGGAGAGGAACUUGUACCCAGUGGAUCAGUGUGACUCCCACCCCAAGCCCUCCACUAUGGAGCGAUGCAACCGCCAGCCAUGUUACAGUCCACAGGUUGUUCCCAGUGUUCAGGAUCCCAGAGGCCAUGACAACACGCACACCGUCUUCUUGCCGUUCAUCCCAGGCAACAACACAGGCCAACAGCCACAGUCGGCGCAUCACAGCCAGACCAACCAAGUCCAGAACAACCCGAGCUUCUCUCCAACCCUCCACUGCAGCCAGUCUCACUAUGGCUGCUGCCCAGACGGACGCACCUCAGCCGCAGGGCCUCAGAGUCUGGGUUGUCCGCAGACUCCACCACCCACUGCAGCCCCGCCGUCCUGCAGCCAAAGCAGUUUCGGCUGCUGCAGAGAUGGACUGACAGCUGCUCAGGGUCCUAACAACGAGGGAUGCCCUGAAAAUGUGGCCCCUGCACCCACUGUUACUCCGACUCUUCCUAGUGAGAAUGCUGUUCAGUGCCGCGCCACCACCUACGGCUGCUGUUAUGACCGAACUACACCUGCUGGGGGACCCAACGGGGAGGGCUGCCCCAAUCCACCCAACCACAUUGAGCGCUCCCUCUGCUCGCUGCCCCGGGCGGCCGGCUCCUGCAGCAGCUGGACAGGUCGCUACCACUAUGACGUCCUAAGCUCCAAGUGCGCCCACUUCUGGUACGGCGGUUGCCACGGAAACAGCAACAACUUCAUGACGCAAACGGAGUGCCAGCGAGCGUGCGAGGUGACGGCACUAGCGCCGACCGCCAGCAGGCCUCCACCUCCGGGACGGACCAGCGGCUCUCGUAACAUGGGGAGGAUUUUCACCGUGCGGGGCGGCUCCAGACCGUCCGGGAGACAGGCCACUAGCGCCGCCUCACACGCUCACAACGGCAGAGUGUAUAUGCGUAACCGACGACCAUCGUCUGGUUCUGCUGCUCAGCACAGCGGCCCGGCGGCGAGCUUCACCUUGGGCGGGGUGACCAUCGACAAGUCGGACCCAGAGACCGUGGAAGCUCUCGUCGGACAGACGGCAGUGCUGCCCUGCAGAGUCAGUCCUCCCCCGUCGUCCACCGUCAUCGUGGAGUGGAGAAAAGACAGCGUGGCUCUGUCCAGUCCCAGGUAUCAUCACCAGCCCAAUGGGUCCUUGCUGGUUGGUCCUCUGAAUAAGGCCGACUCUGGUUGGUUCCUGUGUGUUGCUUCUCGAGAGCGAGAGAGAGACCACCGCUAUAUUUACCUGUCAGUCACUGAGGGAACGCAGAGGCUGACUCCUACCUACCCACCACCCGAAGAUGGCUCCUAUACCAGGUUCAGUAUCGAACGUUCAGGAUCAUCUUCACUUGAGAUGCGUUCAGGUCAAACAGCCAGGCUCCUCUGCACCGUCCUUCCCCGUGCCGCUCUGCAGUUUGUCAACAUUCAGUGGACCAAAGACGGACGUCUCAUCAGCGAUGCCAGAAUUGUCCAGCAGUCAGACGGCACGCUUACGAUCAGCCCGCUGACCUCAGCGGACACUGGUGCGUACACGUGCACUGCGUCUUCUCGCCAGCAGGUGGAGCAAAGAAUGCUACAACUCAGAGUUCAAGGUAAGCAUACAGACUUGAAGAUCACCACUGCCCCAAAUAACAUCCAGGUCACUGAGGGGAGCACCGCUCUGCUGCCAUGUGUGGUUUCAGGAGACAACGUUAACAUCGGCUGGUCCAGAAACGGCAUCCCUGUGCGUCCAGAUGGUCUAAACAUCCUGCUGUCCUCGGAUGGAAGUCUGGUGCUGCGUAAUGUGAGGAGAACUGAUGAAGGCACCUACACCUGCAACGCUUAUACAGGUAUCUACUCUGUGAGCGCCACGGCUGAAGUGAGAGUCACCCAACAUGAGCAUCCAGGCACAGAUAUACCUCCAGACUGUGUGGACCAGCCUGAUCUCGCCAACUGCGAGCUUAUCGUUUACGCCCGACUUUGCUCCAACUUGUACUAUUCUAGCUUUUGUUGUGCCAGCUGUGCUCGACAUUCACGGAGAACCACUCGGUACAUUCAGUAUGGCUGAAAGACCCAGUUCGAAGUUCGAACUCUGGAGUGUGGAAGACCAAUGAACCAAGCCUGCUGCCACCCAAAUGUGCAACUAAAAGGGAAUUUCUCUUCCAUGAAGUACAUUAUGUGCUUUUUUUAAACUCAAAGGUGUCAAGUGGUUUUAUAAUGUUGCUGCUAAAAUAUGCAGAUGUUCUGUUGCUGUUAAGUUAUUUCUCACAACAAUCAUGAUCUCUGUUUUUAGAGACUACUAUUGGUGUUACUGGACUGUUUUAACAACAAAGGUUUAUUCCUAAAUCUGUGGCUUGUAUC